UAAAGAUAUAUUUAUUUUUUACAGUCUGCAAUAUUUUAAUUUUGAGUCAUUACAAAGCAUUCACGAAACUUAGCCAAAACUUUAGUGCUACGAACAACGAAUUACAAAUAAAGUACCUAGCACAAAGCACCGCAAAAACAUUUUCGCGCCAGGUACCCGCUCUUGAUCUUAUUUUGCUUUACACGAACGCCUACCUAAAACAGUUACCCCUCCUGACCUCAGUUGUUCCUGAGCCACAUCUAUGCACAGUUCAUAACUUAAAAAUAAACAUUUAAAGAUGUUGUAAGUUGUAGCGGAACAACAGCCCGGGAUAAGUGGGAUACCAAUGCCCCAUGUUACUACGUAUCAGAAAAUCUUAGAAUCCCCAUCAGUGUACGAGAGCGGCUCCGCCCACUUCCCCGUGACAGUUCAGCUCCUCCCACUUGAAAGAAGCCGCAGUGCUAUGUCCGCUGGUGUCACGGUGUGUGUGUAGGGGUGGGCACUGUAAGUCCAGUGCUGGCGGACUGAUGGACAUGGAGCGGUAUCCAGCAGGCUUACUGCUGUACAGACUACUCAUGGCCGCUGUCUUGUACUUCGGGGUCGCUGUUGGGAAUGUAACGAUCACGUUGCCCCCGCAAGGAGAAGUCGGGUUGGGCGCCAGCAACGGGCAGACACCCGGAUCCACUUCAUCCCUACCGUCCAUUGAUUCGUCUUUAGCGUCCAGGACCCAGCAGCAGCACCUCAUGCUUCUAUUCCAACGCUAUGGGGAGAAUAAUCAGACCCUGACCCUAUCUGGCUUCCGGAAACUACUAAAGAACCUAGGUGUUGAGAGGCUGGAGAGCAUUGCCUCUGAGAGCUACCACCACAUGCAUCAUCAUCAUCAUCCCCGCCACCACCACCAUGCUCGUCAGCCGCAUGCUUCCGGCCGAGCUCAAGAGUGUGCCUCGGCUAGACAGAAACGACACGUGACAGCUGAAAAUCAUAGCGUGGAGGAAACGCAACAUUCAAUUACCAUUUCCAGCAGAGCUUCAGAGGGACCACAUUUAGAGUGUUUGAAUGCCUCCAGUCUGCUUAUUUCCCAUGGAAUGGAUAUACAAGUUCUUCUUGGUACAGCUGAAUUUGGCUAUAUCUGCCCAGCAAUAAUUAAUCAGAUCGACAGGGGAUCAUGCUUGAUUCAUGCACCUGGAAAAGCUUUGACUGAAGGUAGCCAAAAUGUCUAUUCCGUGAAAGUUGCUUGGAUUGGAGGUUGUAUAUCUAUAACCAUUAUUAGUGUCCUGUCAUUGCUGGGUGUCAUUUUGCUACCCCUGAUGAAUCGAGUCUUCUUCAAAUUCUUGCUAAGCUUUCUGGUGGCUCUGGCUGUUGGCACCUUGAGCGGGGAUGCGUUUUUACAUCUACUUCCACAUUCCCAUGCGAAACACUACCACAGCCAUGGAGGUUUGCAAAAUAGAAGCAGUGAAGCAUUUAAAGAAGAAGAAGAAAUGGCUCAUCUAGAUGCAACGUGGAAGGGUCUCACAGCACUUGGGGGCCUUUACUUUAUGUUUUUGGUGGAACAUUUAAUUACAUUGAUCAAGCAGUAUAAAGACAAGAAGCAAAAGAGUCAGAAAAAAGCAGAAAUUCAAGAGGACUUAGAAGUUAAAAAGACGCAUUCCAACCAUUCAAAUGUUGAAGGAAAAGGUGCAUUUGACUCUGGUUCUCACAACGAAAGCUACAUGGAAGGUUGCAAGCAAGAUGCUUCUCAACCCCAGCAGCCAGCUGGAUCUGAAGAAGAAGAAGAAUUAGAAGAAGAAGACAUAAUGAUUACUCAUUCGCACAAUAAACCAAACUAUCAGGAAUAUGUAUCAAGAGGCUGUGAAAAUAAAUGCCAUUCCCAUUUACAUGACACUCUGGGGCAGACCGAUGACAUGAGUCAUCACCAUCAUGACUACCAUCAUAUCCUUCACCACCAUCACCAUCAGAAUCACCAUCCACACAGCCAUUCACAACGAUAUUCCAGGGAAGAACUUAAAGAUGCUGGGAUUGCCACUCUGGCCUGGAUGGUUAUUAUGGGUGAUGGACUGCACAAUUUUGGUGAUGGGUUAGCAAUAGGAGCAGCCUUUACUGAAGGUUUAUCUAGUGGACUAAGCACUUCCGUGGCAGUUUUUUGUCAUGAAUUGCCACAUGAGCUAGGGGAUUUUGCAGUUCUUCUGAAAUCUGGUAUGACCGUUAGGCAAGCAGUAAUGUACAACGGCUUGUCAGCGAUGCUUGCGUACCUGGGGAUGAUAACUGGUAUUCUCAUUGGACAUUAUGCAGAAAAUGUGUCAAUGUGGAUAUUUGCACUUACUGCUGGUUUAUUUAUGUAUGUUGCUUUUGUUGAUAUGGUUCCUGAAAUGUUACAUAAUGAUGCAAGCGACCAUGGCUGUAGCCGCUGGGGAUACUUCCUGUUACAAAAUGCUGGAAUUCUGUUAGGAUUUUUUAUUAUGUUGGUUAUUUCUGUCUUCGAACACAAAAUUGUGUUUAAUCUAGAGAUUUAGGUUAUGUUUACACUGAUGGUAUAAACAAAAGUAUAUUUUCUACUUUUACAUUGUUACAUAUACAUAAACGUAGUUUUUUUUUAUGUAGCCUUUUUUUUGUUAGUAAAAAAAUAUGUAAAAAUUGUACAAAAGACAACCAUGCAUACGUGCUUGACUUCAAAGAAGAUGCAGUGAAACUGCAACACGCUACAUUAGCAAACUGGAUUUUUGUGCCAAACCAGUGAAGGACUACAUUUUUUUUUAAACAUUUUAUUUAUUUAUUUAAUAUGUAAAAACACUUCUUUAAGCAAUAUUAAAUGCCUUAUUGACCUUAAAGAGUUAAUACUAUUCUCUUGCAUAUGUAAAUGCUACAUCAAUAUUUUGGUUGCCUUUAUUUGCAAACUAUUAACCCUUAAUAACCUGUAAUAAACUAAAGUGUAGGUGGAGAUGUUUCUUGGGCUGUAUAAAAAUAUAGGGUCCAGAAAAAUUACAUAUUCCAUAUAUUCUAAUACAAGUGAAUAUUAAUCACCUGCUUAAGCAAGUGAUUAUACCAAUUUUCAAUAAACACAGGCAGCUUGAAGUAGUGUUGUUAAGGAUAAGGCCCACAAAGGGGAUUGUCAGCCUGCAUAUAAGCGGAGUCUGACAAUCUGCGCAUACGCUUAAAAAAUCUUUUAAUUGUGCCUGUACCCAGAAGCAUUAUAUCCUCCCGGGUGCAUGCACAUGCAGCCGAUAUCUGUCAACUAAUGCAAGACUUUGCAUUUGCUGGCGGAUAUUGGCUGUGUGUGUCUACUCACGGGCGGAUUCAUUCCUUCCAGGUGCAGGCGCAACGAGAAGAUCUUUCAAGCGUACAGGCGGAUUGUUAGUCUGCGUUUAUAUGCAGGCUGACAAUCCACCUUGUGGGGCCUUACCCUUAAAGUUAAAUAUAGCUCCCUUGUCUAAUCAGCUUUGCCAUAUAUUACUGUGUUCCCAGAGAUAUCUGCUGUAUGUGAGUGUUAACUGCUUGUGUGACAGCCUUAGUAGAAGUAUCAGUAUCACUGCACAUCUAGUGGUCAAAUGUUUUUUGCUUUUUGGGUCUCCACCCAUUUGUAACCUGUAAAUAUGGAAUGGUUUUAUUUCUGUGUAUUUCCUUUUCUGCAUAUUGGAAAAUGUACUACAUGUGAAUAGUGUCUUCUUCUGUUUAUGGAAACUGUGAAAGAAAAUCUGGGAAAGAAAAAUCGCUCUCAGUAACACUAAAAAAUUGAUAUGUAUUUCCACAUGUAAUGCAUGUGGGCUUGUAAACCAGUGCUAUGAAUUUGUAAAGCUUUAGACCAUGGUAUCAAUUGCUAUUUAUGCCUUGCUUUGGAAUCAGUUUAAAUUAAGCUGAAGAGAAGGGGAAAAAAUGUGUAGUCAUCUUAAAUAAAUUAUUUGUAGGUUAUCACUGAGGGUAUAGUGUAACUACAGUUGUGGUAAAGAAAGGACAACUCUUUUCUAGUGUUCCCGAAAUGCUUUACUCCGGCAAUAAAGUGAAUCGCUGGUGGAAAGGCAUACACUUUACUUUGUUUUUCCGAAGUUGCAUGAAGUUGCCUGCAGGAGGAAACUUUGUGCGACUUCAGAAAAACAAAGCAACUUGUAUGCCUUUUUACUGCUGCUUAUCACCCUUUGUACAAAUUACCUUGAAGAGGGAGUGAAACAUUAAUCCAAUUUUCCAUUAGUACUUUAUAAUGGCAAGUUGGAAAAUAUGGAUUUUUUUUCAUUACUGUCCCUUUUUAAAUAUGGAGAGAUGGUAAUGUGAUAUUUGCAUUGUAGAGUGCUAUUGUGUAAGGCUUAAAUCUUCAGCCUAUAGGUCAAGCAAGAAAUGCAGAUCUAGCAGGUAUUGUAAAAAAGAGGAACAAUAGCUGGUUUCCUGGUUGGCAAAUUAAAGAUAUAUAUAUUUUAUAAUAGAGGUAGGGCACACUCCACAACAUUGUAGAAUGCCUGGGUGCCGGGUAGAGAGUUGAGAGAAACAGGAAACAGAGGACACAGGACUUGAUGAAAAAAUGAUGAAUCUUUCUCAAGAUGCCUCAUGCUAUCCAAACCCCAUGAAAUAAUUCCUGCAGGUUUAUUUUUUUUUUAUAUUUUUUAGAAAGUUUUCAUAACAAACAUCAAAGUUUCUUAUUACAUAUAUAUGUUAGCAUACAGUAGUUGCAGAAUACUGAUUACACUUUAGCAUUAAUGUGCAUUUGCCGUUUUUACCCGAUGAUGCACAUCAAAUUGGUGCACCGCCCCUGAUGCAUAUUUUUUCAGUUCCAUCCAUAUUAUGUCUUUCAUUUAACAUUGGAGACCAAUUCCUGAGGGUUUUUAGAAAUAAUACGUCAGAGAGUAAUUCCCUAACACAAUGUGAGGAAAUGGUGCUCAGGUUCACCUCCCAGGGUUAUGACUGGGGAUUUCUCCUCAAGGAAAUACAACGUGCUUUGCUAUUUAAACCACACUCCAGACAUGUCCUUUGAAUAAACAAAAUCUUUAUUUUAUUGCUUAUUAUGACAUGGUCUAGUUUUUCUCUUUGUAAUACGGUUAAAGAUUAUGGCACAUGGUUACCUCAGAUAAUAAGUUGCCCCUUAAAAAUAACUAAACCCCGACUCUUGGGUUUCGCAGGGGUUCUAACCUAUUAGAUUUAUUGGUUUGUACGGAUAUCUUACCUAAUGUGCCCAAGACCUCUUGGCUACCUAAACCAAAAAAUGGAUGUUACAGGUGCAAUGGCUGUAUCUUUUGUAGUUCUCUUUUGAAGGGGAGAGUUUUGAUCAUCCCUAUUCAGGAAACGAUACAAGAUCAAGCACAGACUCACUUGUACCUCGAACCUGCCCCUGCAGACUUAUGAAUAUAGGUAAAACUAUCACAACCCUUGGGGAACAUUUGGAUAACCACAGGACUGCAAUUAAGAAGGCUUUUGCCAACACAGACUCCAAGCAAGAGACAACAAAAGCUGCAGACCAGCAUCCAGAGGAAUCGGUUGGCUCCAAAAAGAAAAAACAAGUUUGGGAACAUGCUGUGGCUAGACAUUUUGUCUAAAUGGUCCAUCCCUUACCUACCCUCCGCAUGGCUAUUGAUCACGUUCCACCCCGAAGGCAAGGGGGUAACAGACACAAAUUAUUGCUCCAGUGUGAGGCUUAUUGGAUAUAUAUCCUAAAGACUGUUGCUCUGAGAGUACUAAAUGAAUUACUACCAUUAAAAUGUUUCAUGUAA